UCGCCCUCCCUCCCCCGCGCCGCCCGGCCCGCGCUCUUCCCGUCGCCCCUAAAGACGCUAAACGUGCCCUACUCUGUCCCGGGGAGAGUACAUGGAUUAAUUGAUGGACAUUAAGUUUAUGGAGCUACCUUUUUGUGACCUGCUCUUCCUACAGUUUCUAAGAAGAAAAAAGGAUCCCUGAAUCAAAGAAGAUGCCUCGAACUAAACAGAUUCAUCCCAGAAAUCUAAGAGACAAAAUUGAAGAAGCACAAAAAGAACUUAAUGGGGCAGAAGUAUCCAAAAAAGAAAUCUUGGAGGCUGGUAUUAAGGGAACUUCAGAGUCACUUAAAGGUGUGAAACGGAAAAAGAUUGUAGCUGAGAAUCACCUGAAAAAAAUACCAAAAUCCCCACUGAGAAAUCCUCUUCAGGCAAAACAUAAACACAACUCUUCUACGGAAGAGUCAUCUUUCGCUGUUCUUCAGAAUAUUUCAGAGUCUCACAAGAAACAGAAUCAUAGUCCUAUAAAAAAUGGGAAGCCGUUUACCAAACAAAAUGGAGAAACACCCGGGAUAAUUGCCGAGGCCUCUAAGUCUGAAGGAUCUGUCUCCCCAAAGAAGCCCUCAUUUCUGCAGCAUCCGUCUGAACUGCGUAGAUGGAGAUCAGAAGGCUCUGACCCCACCCAGUUAAAUUUCCUCGAUGGACAAUGUGAAUCUAGCUCUUUGUCAAGUAAAACCAGGACUGACCAUAGUGAAUGUAUCUCCUCUAAUUGUAGUACUACUUCCUCCUCAUAUACAAACACCGCAUUUGAUGUCUUACUGAAAGCAAUGGAGCCAGAACUGAGCACCUUGUCACAAAAGGGCUCGUCUUGUGCAGUUAAGAUAGAAAAACCAAGACCAAACAAAACUGUACAAUCCCCCUCUCAAUUAAAAAACAGUUCAAUAGAUGCCCCAAAUCAGACUUCACAAGAAUUUGUUUCUGAAUCACAGUCUUCUUGUACCUCAUACACAGUGCAUGUGUCUACUGCUCAGAAGAACGAGCAGGCAUCAAUUCAGUCAAUUUCUCAUUCAUAUAAUCAACAUGAACACUUUGUUUCUAAAUUGAACCAACAAAAUCAGCAGCUUCCAAUGUGUUCAGGUUUCACAAGAUCAUUUGCAAGCCUGCACAAUCAAGAGAACCCCAAACUUGAACAAGUGUAUCAUAUAGCAGUGACAUCAUCUAUAGGUCUAACUUCACCUUCCAAUAGAACUCAGGUUACUCCUCAAAACCAGCAAAUGGAUUCUGCUUCACCUGUGUCAGUAAGUCCAGCCCAGUCUACACAGUCACCUCCCACUCCAAUUUAUAAUUCAACUCCUGUCGCCUCUGUUGUGAAUCACAGCGUAGAGCAAAUGUGCAAUCUUCUUCUGAAAGAUCAGAAGCCAAAAAAGCAAGGAAAAUAUAUUUGUGAAUAUUGCAAUAGAGCUUGUGCAAAGCCAAGUGUGCUUCUAAAGCAUAUCCGCUCCCACACUGGAGAGCGACCCUAUCCCUGUGUGACCUGUGGAUUUUCAUUUAAGACUAAAAGUAAUCUAUAUAAGCACAAAAAAUCUCAUGCACAUACUAUCAAACUGGGACUUGUCUUGCAGCCAGAUGCUGGUGGUUUGUUCUUGUCACACGCAUCCCCCAAAGCACUUAGUAUUCAUUCAGACGUAGAAGACAGUGGGGAGAGCGAUGACGAGAAUGCUGCUGAUGAAAGACAGAAUGAGCCAGGCUCCAUGGACCUGCAGCCUAUGCAGAUAAUGAAAAUGAUACCAAGUUCUGAAGCUUUACCAAAAUCAAGUUCCAGCCCAAGCAAUCCAGAUCAUGUGGUAGGCGAUGUUUCAUUACAGGACAAAUCUUCAGAAUCACAAGCUGUGACAAAGUUACCAAAAGUUGUGGUCCACCCUAUCAAUGUGUCAUCCCCAUUAAGAGUUGACAGCCCAAAAUUUGCAGAUUCUAAGCCUGAACUUUCUAGUGCACAGAAACAGAAGGACCUUCAGGUUGCCAGUGGGCUGUCAUAUUCAACCUGGACAUCCUCCCUGGAGACUGAUGAAAAGUCCCAUCAGAAAGGGGACAUGAGUCAACUAGAGGCAAAACAAGAAUCUCCUGUAGGAACAGUACAUGCCCAACUACAAAGGCAGCAGGCUACCGAUUACUCCCAGGAGCAACAAGGAAAACUUCUGAGUCCUCGAAGUUUAGGAAGUACAGAUUCUGGUUACUUUUCACGUUCUGAAAGUGCUGAUCAAACAGGGAGUCCACCAACUCCCUUUGCCAGAACAUUACCCACUAUGGAACAAGAUUCAAAUAAGAAUAAUGGGCCCUCUGCACCUCGUAUCAAUACACCAGCACCUUCUACAUUGCCAACAGGUGAAAAAGCAUUGCUUUUACCAGGUCAGAUGCGCCCACCUUUGGCAACAAAAACACUUGAAGAACGGAUAUCAAAGCUUAUCUCUGACAAUGAAGCCUUGGUAGAUGAUAAGCAACUGGAUAGUGUAAAGCCACGGAGAACUUCUCUUUCACGGCGAGGAAGUAUUGAUUCCCCCAAAUCAUACAUAUUCAAGGAUUCUUUCCAGUUUGAUUUAAAACCAGUGGGACGGAGAACAAGUUCAAGCUCUGAUAUACCAAAGUCCCCUUUUACCCCUACUGAGAAAUCAAAGCAAGUGUUUCUUCUGUCUGUAGCUUCCCUUGACUGUUUACCUAUUACGAGAAGUAAUUCUGUGCCUACUACAGGUUAUUCAGCAGUACCUGCAAACAUAAUACCUCCCCCUCAUCCACUGAGAGGCAGUCAGUCAUUUGAUGACAAAAUUGGCGCUUUCUACGAUGAUGUAUUUGUAUCAGGACCUAACACUUCUGUGCCCCCAAGUGGACAUCCCCGUACCCUUGUCAGACAAACAGCAGUAGAAGACUCUUCAAUAAGUGAAAUGCAUGUUCUCAGUACUGGACAGUCCUUGGAUGAGAGCUAUCAAGGAUGCAAUGCCACGAGUGAAACUGUAGCAGCAAGGAACAAGUCAUUGGCACCAGGAUCACAUUUAGAAAAAAAGAAGUCUCAUCAAGGACGAGGGACAAUGUUUGAGUGUGAAACUUGUAGAAACAGGUAUAGAAAACUGGAAAAUUUUGAAAACCAUAAGAAAUUUUACUGUUCAGAGUUACAUGGGCCAAAAACAAAGGUAGCUGUGAGAGAACCUGAACAUAGCCCCAUGCCCAGCAGUACCCAGCCUCAGAUUCUGCACUACAGGGUUGCUGGUUCCACUGGGGCCUGGGAGCAGACGCCCCAGAUAAGAAAAAGGAGGAAAAUGAAAAGUGUUGGAGAUGAUGAUGAAGUUCAGCAAAAUGAAAGUGAAGCUUCUCCGAAAAGCUCCGAAGGCCUUCUGUUUCAGAAUACUCUGGGCUCGUCUUCCAGUUUGCCUAAACGUAAUGUUGUCAAACCAAGUGACCAGCAGCAUCAAAAUAUACAGUUGCAAAACUCCCAAAUUCAGCUUGUUACCAGAAGCCCCGAACAGAUCAUGGAUCCAAAGCUGUCCACCAUCAUGGAACAGCAGACAAAUCCAGCAGCUGCCCAGGACAAGACAGAGUUGAAGAGACAUGGAACCGGAAUCUCAGUCAUCCAGCAUACAAACUCACUGAGCAGACCCAAUUCAUUUGAUAAGCUUGAGUCUUUUGAAAGAGGCUCUCCGCUUUCUCUCCAGGAGCUGAGUAGAACAGUGAAGCUUGGGUCCCUGAAAGUGAUAGGAAUUUCCCAAGAGGAAGGCAGCCCUUCUCAGAACACAUCUCAUCUUCAACAGCCUGCACUAUCAGAUACUCUUAGAGCAGAACUUCAGGAAGGUUCAAGAAAGAUUUCAAGUGAACGUCAUGUGCUAGGACAGUCUUCAAGACUUGUUCGGCAGCACAACAUACAGGUUCCAGAAAUUCUGGUCACAGAAGAGCCAGAUCGGGACCUUGGAACCCAAGUACCUGAUCAGGAAAAGUCGGAGAAGUUUAGUUGGCCUCAGCGUAGUGAAACGUUGUCAAAAUUGCCAACAGAGAAACUGCCACCCAAAAAGAAGAGGCUCCGUCUUGCUGAGAUAGAGCAUUCCUCAACCGAGUCAAGUUUUGAUUCCACUCUCUCCAGGAGUCUAAGUAAGGAGAGCAGUUUGUCUCACACCUCAAGUUUCUCAGCUUCGUUAGAUGUAGAGGACGUUUCUAAAACUGAGGCUUCCCCCCAAAUCGCUUUUCUCAAUAAAACAGAGUUUCUCAUGAUCCCAGCUGGCUCUAAUACACUUAAUGUGCCUGGAACUCAACGGGAAAUGAGGCGUGCUGCCUCAGAACAGAUUAACUGCAUGCAAACAUCCAUGGAGAUCUCUGAUUUCAGAAGUAAAUCAUUUGACUGUGGAAGCAUAACUCCACCUCAGACAAUGCCACUUACAGACUUGCCUCCAACAUCCCCUUCUGGCAUGGGAGUGACUGGGCACGUGCCGCUUUUAGAAAGAAGGAGAGGCCCACUGAUUCGGCAGAUUUCUUUAAACAUAGCUCCAGAUAGCCAUCUGUCUCCUGGGACCCCAUCAUCUUUCCAAGCUAUUGCACUUCCUGGUGUGAAUGCAGUGCCGUUUCAGGGGCCUCAGCUCACUAAUACGUUCUUAGCUGAGUUUCCUGCAAAUACUAGGCACUCCCAGACUCAAGUGAAAGAUCUGCAAACAGAAACUUCAAAUUCCAACUCUACUAACAUCUUUCCUGUUCAACAGCUUUAUGGUAUUAAUUUGUUAAAUCAAAUCCAUGCACCCCUUCGCCACCAGAGCACACAGAUGUCUCUGCAGGUGUCUACACCAAGUGUCAAACCAGAUGCAAAUCCCAGUGUAUGUGUAUCUUCUGAAAGUGAGGAUUGCUUUGCUCCUAAGUACCAACUGCACUGUCAGGUUUUCACUUCAAGCCAGUCCUGCUCUUCUAAUCCUGUACAUUCUUUGCCAAAACAAAGUCUAUCAGAUCCAGUUGGGACCGACCAUUGUAUGUCUUCAUUAGCAUUACCAACCAAAUUAGUAGAUGCCAUUUCUAAUUCAUGUGCUCCACCACCACUGAAGCUCGGGCCGCUCAGUGGUCAGGCGCAGAAGGUGCCGACAUCACUUUCAGUGCCCGUGCAUCUACAGAGUAAUAUUCCAGGGUAUUGCUUUGCCACAGUCACACCUCUGCCACAAAUCCUUGUGACUCAAGACCUGUCCAAUCAGCCAAUUUGCCAGGCUAGUAGUAGUGUGGUGCCAAUCAGUGAAGAACAAAAUUCCCUGCCAAAAUUGCAACAGGUUCACCAGAAUGCUUUGCCAAACUCAGAGGAAGAGCUUGUUUGUGAAAAUGUUUUUUCAGAGAUGGGCCAAAAUUCUUCUCUGUCAGAACCCUUGCCUGGAACUCAGAAAAUGCCUAUUGUUAGACUUUCCCCCCAACAAGAAUCUUCAGCUUCAAGUAAAAGGAUGCUUUCCCCAGCAAAUAGUUUAGACAUUGACAUGGAAAAGCACCAAAAGCGAGCUAAAGAUGAAAAUGGAGCUGUUUGUGCAGCAGAUACUAGACCAUUUGAACCACUGAGUUCAAGAGCUAAUGAAGUUAACAAGCAGAAGAAACCUGUUUUGGUGAGGCAGGUUUGUACCACAGAGCCCCUUGAAGGUGUAACAUUGGAACAGGAUAUUUUUUCUCAACCUGAAAUUAGUAGUGAGGCUGUUAAUUUGACAGAUGUUUUACCAGCCGAUAAUUUGUCAUCAGGACAAUCUAAGUCUAUAGUUAUAGAACCUAUAAAAGAGCUGCAGGAAUUUGAAAACAUCAAGUCAUCUGCAUCGCUAACUAUUACAGUUAGAAAUUCACCUGUUCCUUCAGAAAAUACCCACAUUUCUCCAUUGGAAUGUGUAGACAAUAACCAGGAAAGGAAGUCUCCAGAGGUUAAAAGUCAAGGUGACAAUGUGAACAUCCAAGAACAAAGUCAUCGUACAACCACCGCUGUUUCAGUGUUGGAUGCCGGAGACACGCACCAGCUGUCUUUCCCCAGCCUGAAGACCACAACCAGCUUUACAUGGUGUUACCUGUUCAGACAGAAAACAUUGCAUUUGCCUCAGAAUGACCAGAAAACUUCAGCCUAUACUGACUGGACAGUAAGCGCCAGUAAUCCAAAUCCACUUGGUUUGCCUACAAAAGUUGCUCUUUCUCUCCUUAAUUCAAGACAGAAGACUGGAAAAUCACUGUAUUGUCAAGCAAUAACCACUCGUUCCAAAUCAGAUUUGUUGGUCUAUUCAAGCAAGUGGAAAAACGACUUAAGCAAGAGAGCAUUAGGUAAUCAAAAGUCCACAGUAGUUGAAUUCAGCAGUAAAGAUGCCUCUGAAAUUAACAGUGAGCAAGAUAAAGAGAAUUCCUUAAUCAAAAGUGAACCAAGAAGAAUUAAAAUAUUUGAUGGAGGAUAUAAAUCAAAUGAAGAGUAUGUAUAUGUCCGAGGCAGGGGAAGAGGAAAGUACAUUUGUGAAGAAUGUGGAAUUCGUUGUAAGAAACCUAGUAUGUUAAAGAAACACAUACGAACCCACACAGAUGUCCGCCCCUACCACUGCACUUACUGUAACUUCUCCUUUAAGACGAAAGGAAAUCUGACAAAACACAUGAAGUCCAAGACACAUAGCAAGAAAUGUGUGGAUUUAGGCGUCUCAGUAGGUUUAAUAGAUGAACAAGAUACAGAAGAAUCAGAUGAUAGACAAAGAUUCAGUUUUGAGCGCUCUGGGUAUGAUCUUGAAGAAUCUGAUGGCCCAGAGGAAGACGAUAUUGAAAAUGAAGAUGAUGAUGAAGACAGCCAGGCUGAAUCAGUUCUGUCGGCAGCUCCCUCCGUCCCAGCCAGCCCACAGCAUCUUCCUUCUAGAAGUAGCCUUCAGGACUCUGUGAGUGCUGACGAGGACAUCAGGAUUACUGAUUGCUUUUCUGGGGUACACACGGACCCAAUGGACAUCCUGCCUAGAGCGUUGCCCACCAAGAUGACCGUACUGAGCACAGUGCAGUCAGACCACAGUAGUAAGGCAGAGUCCCCAGUGAGGACCAGGCAGUGUGCUGCAAAAGAUGAAGAUGAGACAACUAUUCCUGUAGAUUCUUCUAGGUCACCUGAAACUGUUCACAGGUCUCCAUGUCAUCAAAUGUCUGUAGACUACCCUGAAUCAGAAGAAAUUCUGAGAACGUCCAUGGCAGGAAAGGCUAUUGCUUUAACACAGAACACAUCUUUCAUGAGACUUCCUCCAGCAGCUGAGCGCAGCCCUCAGACAGUGGCGGCAGUUGCUUCAGUGGCCUUGCCGCAGUCUGACACACAGGAGCAGAAGCAGCAAAUCACUCUCCCACCGACUCCAGGCCUGCCUUCUCCCCAGACUCAUUUGUUUAGCCACCUUCCUUUGCAUUCCCAACAGCAGUCAAGGACACCUUAUAAUAUGGUUCCAGUUGGGGGAAUCCACGUGGUACCUGCUGGCCUCACGUAUUCUACAUUUGUACCCAUUCAAGCUGGGCCCAUGCAGCUUACAAUUCCUGCUGUCAAUGUAAUUCACAGAACUGUUAGCACUCCUGGAGAUACGAUCACAGAAGUUCCUGGCACUACAAAUUCCACGGGAGUGGCUGAAUUAAGCAGCGUUGUGCCAUGUAUUCCCAUUGGCCAAAUCCAUGUGCCAGGCCUUCAGAACCUCAGUGCACCAGGCUUGCAGUCACUUCCAUCCCUAAGCAUGGAAACCGUCAAUAUCUUAGGCCUCGCCAAUACAAACGUUGCCCCGCAGGUACACCCACCAGGGCUGGCUCUCAAUGCUGUUGGACUGCAGGUGUUGACUGCAAACCCUUCGUCACAGGGCAGUACCAACCCUCAGACACACAUUCCCGGCCUCCAGAUCUUGAACAUCGCAUUGCCUACUUUAAUUCCCUCAGUCAAUCAAGUAACCGUGGAUGCACAGGGAGCUCCCGAAACACCAGCUUCCCAAAACAGAGCACGUGAGGCACACCCCAAGCCAACUUCUAUAGCCAGUGGGCAUCAGGGCAGCAAGACCGCAUCUCCUCAGGGGUCACCUCAAGCACAGCGGGAAAAUGCAAAAAACCUACUAGAUCCACUUGCCCCUACAAGAGACCAUGUAAGGCUUGAUGACUAUAGUAAAAUGGACACAGGGAAGGCUGCUUCAGUCAAUCAUGUGAAGCCCAAGCAUGAACUCCCUUCAGUUCAGGGCAAACCAGCAUACAGGUCAGAGUCUCUGCCGAAGGUACAUCCUAAGGAUUUCCCAGAGCUGUCAGGCCAGCAGACUCUCUCUCCAGGCAGGCAGGUGCCCAGGCCCAAGGCCCUGCCCCAUAGACAGGCCAUUGCGCAGUUCAGUGAUGUGAGUAGUGACGACGACGAAGACAGGCUUGUGAUAGCAACCUAGUGGCUUUUUCUUUUGGGAUUUUGUUUUUGUUUUUUUGUUUUGUUUUUUUAUAGAACACUUAAAGGUUACUUUGAAAACUCUCCUUCCCUUAAAGCACAUUUUUCUGACAUAAACUCAUGACUAAUCUUUGUGCAAUCAUGAAUUUUUGACCAAUAAUUGUUUUGUGUCAGCUCCAGCCAUUUUUGUACAUGUUGUAUAGACAAUUGUGCCUUUUAGGAGUUUUAUGUUUAGAAACUGUACAGAUUGUUGAAUAUCUCUCUCUAUAUAAAAUAUAUAUUAUAUAUAUGAAAACCAGGUAGUUAUUUGUGUUUAGUAAGAAAAAUGUCAAAUCAACUGAUUAAAUUAUAUGUUGCACUGUUAAGUAUAAAUUUUUAUGGCU